GGUGACUCCCACAGAUGGAUUGUCAGGGAUAGGUGCCACGGGGAUAGGCACCGCGGCUUCGUCCGCUGCCAUUACGGAAGCUCAGGAUUCAGCAGAAGCAGCUGCAGAAAAUGCUGCAGCUGCUCGUGCCGCUGCUCGUGCAGGUGCUAUGUGUGGUUCUGGUGCUAUAGGAGGAUGCAGUGUAAUGUUUGCCACCUCCACACUCUCGCUGCCCAUGAGCCAGGGCAAGCCCUCCCUCCGCAGGAUCAAGGGCCGCAUUCACCGCAGCAAGAGCCUGGACAGCAUAGACCUGCUCGACUCCAAUAGCGCAGCGAUGGAGGAAACUGUAAUAUGGGAACAGCACACAGUGACCCUUCACAGGGCCCCAGGGUUUGGGUUCGGCAUAGCCAUCUCAGGGGGCCGGGACAACCCUCACUUCCAGAGUGGUGAGACCUCCAUCGUCAUCUCUGACGUCCUGAAGGGAGGCCCAGCAGAAGGGCUCUUAUCGGAAAAUGACCGCGUGGUAAUGGUCAACGCAGUGUCCAUGGACAACGUAGAGCAUGCUUACGCUGUGCAGCAGCUUCGGAAGAGUGGAAAGAAUGCAAAAAUAACGAUCCGAAGGAAACGGAAGGUUCAGAUCCCGGUGUCUCGCCCGGGGGACAGAGAGACUAUGUCCGAACACGAGGAAGAGGACACUGAUGAAGACGAUGGUUGCGAGCAGUACAGCGGCCGCAGCGGGCCCACCAGCGCCUACGGAGCGGCGAGUGGCGGCACGGCCAGCAGGCGGACGAACGAGCGCGAGCGUGAACGCAGCAACAGCAGCCGGCGGGAACACAGUGCAUCGCGAGAGAGGAGCAUCUCGCCCCGCUCUGGCCGAUCCCAAGGCUCCUCCACACCGUCCCGCCCAGCCAAAGUCACCCUUGUCAAGUCCCGCAAGAAUGAAGCAGAGUAUGGUCUGCGUUUGGCCAGCCACAUCUUUGUGAAGGACAUCUCCCCAGAGAGCCUGGCAGCACGGGACGGAAACAUCCAGGAGGGAGACGUGGUGCUGAAGAUUAACGGCACAGUGACAGAGAACCUGUCGUUAAUAGAUGCUAAGAAGCUGAUUGAGAGGUCAAAGGGCAAGUUAAAGAUGGUGGUGCAGAAAGAUGAUAGAGCCACGUUGCUCAACAUCCCUGAUAUGGACGACAGCAUUCCCUCUGGCAACAACUCAGACCGAGACGACAUUUCAGAAAUUCAUUCACUGACAUCAAACCAUUCCACUCGAUCCCAUGAUCGAGCACGGGGCAGUCGAUCCCGCUCCCCUACCCGUUCUGAGCCCUCAGACCCCUGCCGACACUCACCACGGCAGAUCAGCAAUGGCAGCCACAGAAGUCGAGAUGAGGAGAGGAUUUCCAAGCCCGGGGUGAUGUCGACUCCUGUUAAAGGGUCCCAGGAGGCCCUAGUCCAAGCCAUCAGCGACCAGCCACUGGCCAGAGAGGACAAACUGCCCCCGCUGCCAGAACCAAAGCCAGUGUAUGCCCAGCCUGGUCAGCCUGAUGUGGACCUGCCAGUCAGCCCCUCUGAUGCCCCAGUACCCAGCGCUGGUCAUGAUGACAGCAUCCUCAGGCCGAGUAUGAAGCUGGUGAAGUUUAAGAAGGGGGAGAGUGUGGGCCUGAGGCUGGCUGGAGGGAACGACGUGGGCAUCUUUGUAGCCGGAGUCCUGGAGGACAGCCCAGCUGCCAAGGAAGGUCUGGAGGAAGGAGACCAGAUUCUCAGGGUAAACAACGUAGACUUUGCUAACAUCAUCCGAGAGGAGGCUGUGCUGUUCCUCCUAGACCUUCCCAGGGGUGAAGAGGUCACCAUUCUGGCCCAGAAGAAGAAGGAUGUGUACCGGCGGAUAGUGGAGUCGGAUGUAGGUGACUCGUUCUACAUCCGGACCCACUUUGAGUAUGAGAAGGAGUCUCCGUACGGCCUGAGCUUCAACAAGGGAGAGGUGUUCCGUGUUGUGGACACCCUCUACAACGGCAAGCUGGGCUCCUGGCUCGCCAUACGCAUUGGCAAGAACCACCAGGAGGUGGAGAGAGGCAUCAUCCCCAACAAGAACAGGGCAGAGCAGUUGUCCAGUGUGCAGUACACCCUCCCCAAAACGCCAGGGGGCGACAGGGCUGACUUCUGGAGGUUCCGUGGUCUGCGGACCUCCAAGAGGAACCUGAGGAAGAGCAGAGAGGACCUGUCGGCCCAGCCGGUCCAGACCAAGUUCCCUGCCUAUGAGAGGGUGGUGCUGAGAGAGGCUGGGUUCCUGAGGCCUGUGGUGAUCUUUGGGUCCAUCGCUGACGUGGCAAGAGAGAAGCUGGCCAGAGAGGAGCCUGACCUGUUUGAGCUGGCCAAAACACAGCAACAUGAAGGAGUGGAAAAGAGUGAACCAAGAGACGCAGGAAAAGACCAGCGCAGCUCCGGGAUCAUUCGCCUCCACACAAUUAAACAGAUCAUUGACCGGGACAGGCAUGCUGUGCUGGACAUCACCCCCAACGCGGUGGACCGUCUGAACUACGCCCAGUGGUACCCCAUCGUGGUGUUCCUCAACCCAGACAGCAAGCAGGGCGUCAAGACCAUGAGAACCAGGCUGUGCCCCGAGUCCAGGAAGUCAGCCAGGAAACUCUACGAGAGAGCCCUCAAACUGAGGAAGAACAACCACCACCUCUUCACCACCACCAUUAACAUGAAUAAUAUGAAUGACGGGUGGUAUGGUGCACUGAAGGAUACCAUUCAACAGCAGCAGAACCAGCUGGUGUGGGUUUCAGAGGGCAAGGCGGACGGUGCUCCAGAUGAUGACCUGGAUCUACAUGAUGACCGUCUGUCGUACCUGUCGGCUCCGGGCAGUGAGUACUCCAUGUACAGCACGGACAGCCGCCACACUUCCGACUACGAGGACACGGACACAGAGGGCGGGGCCUACACCGACCAGGAACUAGACGAGACGCUGAACGACGAGGUGGGCCUGCCCACUGAGCCCGCCAUCACCCGCUCCUCGGAGCCCGUCCGAGAGGACCCGCCAGUCAUCCAGGAGCCCCUGGGGUACGGCGUGUACCAGCACACAGUGCAGCCCGACCCCCUGAACCGGAUCGACCCAGCCGGGUUCAAGGCACCAGUGGCCCAGCAGAAUGAGAAAGCAGAGGCUGUUCCGGCCACCAUGCCUAUCCUCCCCCAGCAGCCUGAGUUACUGGCUGUGACAGAGGCAGCGCCCCCUGCUGUCUACAACACUGUAAAUGGUGUAGCGGGUUUGAGCCAUGGUUUGAGCCCUGGCCCUAUCGCUGCUCCCCAGAGCGAACCCAGCCCAGGCCCCGGCCCCGAGGCUGACUCGCUUAGGAUGCCCACCCCUGAUCUAGCUCAGCCCCUGGCCCCGGCCCCAACACCCGAACCCCUACAAUCCGGACCGCCCAGUUCAGAACCACAGAUGUACAAGAAGGAUCCCUACCUGGAGGAGCCAGUCAGAGUGAACCAUGGUGGUGUAAAGCCGUCUCCGGCGGUUGGGCCGCCCACGACCUACGAGCCACAGCCUCCGUACCAAGACGAACACCCAUACAGAGAUUACGAUCACCCGCCCAGCCGCUACGACGGGGGUGGUUACCUGGAACCAAAGUAUCGUAACUUCGACUCUCAGCUGCACUACGAGAAAAGUGUGCCUCACUACGAUGAGCAGUGGCCUCCCUACAACCAGCAGACCUCUGGCCCACCACCCCACCAGCAGCAGCACCCCGCUGGGCCUGGCUAUGACCCCCGGCUGCCCUAUGAAGACGGACCCGAGCAAGACUACAGCCCCCCUCAGCCGCGCUACGAUGACGCACCGCUGGGCUACAACGGACGACCUCGCUACGGCAAGCCAGCAGGACCAGGACCCAUCCGCCACGAUGAGCCUCCUCCAUCCGGCCCAGGGGGCUACGCUCCUCUACGUUACGAUCAGGAGCCUCACCCUUAUCCCCCUGCAACACGCUCUCCAGAGCCCCCAAAACAGUACUACCAGGGGGAGUCUGCCCAGCGGCCAGGACCUGGGCCUGCCUACAACCAGGCACCACCACAGCACCGAGGCUACAAGCCCCCGCCCCAGCAGUAUGAACCCAUCAUGAACUUUGACGCCCCCGUGCCCCCUCCCAAACCACAACCAGAGGCUCUCCGCCCCUCCCCUGGGGACACGGUGAUCACCACAGCCCCCAAUCCCUUUCCACCUCCCCCCAGAGUGGAGCCGGAGGACGACCCGGCCAUAAGGGCCCAGUCUGUGCUGUCCAGGGUCAAGAUGUUUGAGAACAAGCGCUCUGUGUCUGUGGACCGAGCCAAGGAGGCAGGAGACGCCAUAGGGCUCAGGUCAGCGGAUCUGCCCACCAAACCAGGCGCGGGCAUUCCUAAAGCCAACUCUCUCAGCAAUCUGGACCAGGAGAAGUCGUUCAGAGUCCCUGAGCCUCAGAAGCCCCGGGAGGUGUCAGAUGAUGACAUAGUGCGCUCCAACCACUACGACCCAGAUGAAGACGAGGAGUACUACAGGAAACAGCUGUCCUACUUUGACCGGCGCAGCUUGGACGCAGGCAAGGCACCUACUCAGACAACACCUGUCAUCGCAACCAAACCUGCUGCUCAGCCACAAGCACAUCCCGGAUACAACUACCCCAGGGCAGAGUCAGUGGAGAAGGUCAGUCCUGUGGAGAGGAGAUAUGAACCUGUUCCCCAGGUUACCCCUGCUGCCCCACCUGCCAUUCUGCCCAAACCCACCUCACCUGAGGCAGACACAGUCACGACCAACUACCUGCCCCAGAAGAGUUACCCUGAGAAGUCUCCAGUGAACGGCACGGCAAUGAAGGACCAGCCCAAGAUCCCGGCCAAUACCAGCUACAACCGCUACGUCCCCAAGCCCUACACCAACUCCGCCAAGCCCUUCGAGAGGAAGUUUGACAGCCCCAAGUUCAACCACAACCUGCUGCCCAACAACAAAACAGACCUGGCCCCAGCCAUCAAGGCCCCAGCCAACAGCACAGCCCCAGCCAAGCCCCAGAUCUCCCCCCAGCCUACAGACCUGGACUCUGGCCUGGACACCUUCACACGCACCAUGGACAACAGGUCCAAGUACCAGCACAACAACAUCAACGCUGUGCCCAAGGCCAUCCCUGUCAGCCCCAGUGCUCUGGAGGAUGAUGAUGAGGAUGAAGGUCACACGGUGGUGGCCACGGCCCGGGGGAUCUUCAACUGUAAUGGAGGGGUGCUGAGCUCCAUCGAGACGGGUGUCAGCAUCAUCAUCCCACAGGGGGCCAUCCCUGAGGGCGUGGAACAGGAGAUCUACUUCAAGGUCUGCCGGGACAACAGCAUCCUGCCCCCCCUGGACAAGGAGAAAGGAGAGACCCUGCUCAGCCCGCUGGUGAUGUGUGGCCCUCACGGCCUCAAGUUCCUGAAACCUGUGGAGCUGCGCUUACCUCACUGUGCGUCUAUGACCCCAGAUGGUUGGUCUUUUGCUCUAAAAUCCUCCGACUCCUCGUCGGGUGAUCCCAAGAGUUGGCAGAAUCAGUCUCUCCCUGGAGAUCCCAACUACCUGGUGGGAGCCAACUGUGUGUCUGUGCUCAUCGACCACUUCUGAAGAGGGCAACAGCUGGCCUGUUACUGAAUGUGAAACCAUGGGAAAAGAGGAGCGAUAACAAACACAAACACACACACAUACAGCUACACACGCACACACACACACACACAUACAGCUACACACGCACACACACGCGCCAUUUCUCCAGGGGUGGACCCUACACAAUGAAGUAUUUACACCCAGUGCUCCAGUGUUGUUUACUGUGCCCAUGGAAGAUGGAAGGAGACCGAAGUUGCCCCUACGUGCUGUCCUUUAACUCUUUCCGAGGUCUUGAAGAAAAUACAAAACACAAAAAACUAUUUAACCAGUGAUGGAAUGCAUGCCCUGUGCCACUGAGUAACUCAUCACAUUAUACACCAAGUUUUAACUUUAAUUGUUACAUAACAGGAAAGAUGGUUUGUGAGGUUUUUACUAUUGAAGUAGAUGGACAUACAUGUAGGUGUAUUUAUACUAUAUAUGCAUACAGUAUAUAUAGUAUAUGGUAUAAAUAUCAUUUUAAAUUCAAUUCUAGAAAAUGGAAUUCAAGAAUCAGACUUCAACCUUUUUGUCACCGUUUGAAUUGGCUGACUUACAACGACGGUCACAUUAUUACCACAUUGACUUGUUUUGACGGAUUUGUGAAGGUUUUGGAAUUCGGUGCCAGGGAGGUGGGCAGUAAAGUGAUGAUGAUGAAGAUAAUGCAGAGCCAUACAUUUUCUAAAUAUAUGGCUCUGUGGUAAUGAUUAUGGUGAUAGUGAAGUUGGCAAGCAUCUGCAGAAGAGAAAAUGAAGAUAAAGGUGGAAUACUUUGAGGUGGAUUUAAAGCCCAGCUCAUGCCUCUAACAUGCUCAUCCUGUGACUAGAAUGGAUGUUCCUUCCUUUUUUCUGUAUUUCUGUAAACUGACCUUGGAUUCACUUUGUAUUGAGUACCAGAACUCUACUCCUGCUGUAUCAAGAUCUAUGCAUGUGCUAUGACUCAGGUCCAGAAGCCUGCUCAGUUCUCCCUCACCAUGUUAAAACCCUAUCUUACAUUAACAAGCAGUGAUGCCUUAUCUGCAUAUUAUUCACUUUUUCAGUAAAAAACCUCUGGGGUUUUUGUAAGUUAUGAUGAUAAAUUAUGGGAAAAUGAAGUUAUUCUUUUGCCAUUUUGUCAACCCACUGUAUAAAUUAACUUGGGUUUAGCGCACAAGAACAAUUUAGGCUAAUAAAGGUAUGCUUUCUUUAUCUGCUAUGCAUAUGACUUCAGAAGAAAAAGAAAAACAUUACAAAAAAGACAAGUGGCUGUACAUAAAGUUAGCAUAUGGCCUUGGUUUGUAAAUGAACUUUUGUAUGUCUUUGUUAUUUUGUAUAAAACUUAGAGAAAACUGUUUUAAAAAAUGAAUGAAUUGACCAUGGUUUACUUUGUAUUCUGGUUAAACCCUUGAGCCUUGGAACUUGUAACUAUUAUCAGUAAUAAAAUCCACAUUUUCUACCAAUAUAUUCACACUACAUAUAAAUAAUAAUAAUUAUCACACAAAAAUAUUUUUAUGCUUAUUUACAAAAGAGGAAAGUGCUUGGGUUAAACAACUUUGCAAACCUGUUCUUUAAAAGGGUGUGCUCUGAAAGUGUCCCCCUCAUUUAUUUGUGAUGCUGUAUUAUUUUGUGCCCUGAAAUGUAUUUUUGUACUAAUAGACCAUAUAUUACGGCACACCAGUACUAUUUUCUUUUAUAUGCGAUAACACAGCUUCAAUUGGAUAUUAGCUCUUCAUGUGUGGCUGACUUUUUUUCUCCUUUGUGACACAAUUUUAAGUAUACCACUGUAUUAAUGAAUAAAAUCAUUUUUAAAGUAAA